AGGAAACAGAAGGCAUGCGCGUUUUUCCUACGUGUAAAUGGCAGGAGAAUGAUGUUUUACAAAGGUUUGCAAGUGUUUUUCCAAUUUUUUACGAUCUUGUUAUAUGUGUCCGGUGAGACGUUAGAACCGAAGAAAAAUGAGAAACGCACUAGCCUCCGAAAUAAUUAUCAAACAGCUAUGUGCCUCGACAGUUUUAAGAUUCACGAAGAUAAAAUUAUUCGGACGCAGGAGUCUCGGGAAAGGGGUGCUAAGUUUCUGAAAGAGUAUGACGUUAAUUCUAGAGAAGAAUGUAUAAAAUUUUGCUGUGAUACAGAAGCUUGUGACGUAUUUGUUUUUGAAGAAAAAAGACCAGGAAGUUGUUACCUUUUUCAAUGUGGUCCGGCAGAUGAUUUUAAGUGUAAAUUCACGAGUCAUGGAAAUUAUAGCAGCGCUAUACGCAUUAAUUAUAAUACACGAAGCAAUUCACAGUUGGAAGAAGAAAUUAGAAUUUCACAGCAAGAGCACGAGUUAAAAUCUCUCAGAAAACUAGCAGACCCGGUACCACCAGACUAUUUCUUCACCGAACCUUCCGUAAAAUUAAUUGCAACCUCGGCACCAAAAAUAUCAUUAACAACACCUCUGCCUGUUAAGCAAGCUUGUACCCGGAAUCAAUACGAGUGCCGUUCGUCUGGAGAUUGUAUAGCCGUAUAUAAUGUCUGUGACGGGAUCCCUCAAUGUGCAGAUGGUUCUGACGAAGCGGCAGAUCUUGUAUGCCCGACCGAAAAGCCACCAAUUUCUCCGUCUAUCGUUCAAGGACCUCAGCCGCCUCCGCCACCGUUACCAGAUAUCAUAAAAUACCAACAAAUGACCGAUCCUCAUAAACCCCUCGGCCCAUUGUAUGCUCGUGUUCCGGAAGUCAAUCCUUGGGAGUUGCCUAACUUACCUCACCAAGCGAUCCCACAACCUCUAUAUCCUGCACAACAAAUGGAAAUACCCCAAAUGCACAAGAGCUUUGCUGUACCGGGAUACCCAUGGGAUUAUCAGCCUAUUUAUGAUCAGAACAAGGACGUUUAUAAUUCGUACCACGAGCAAAGCAAUUUGAAUCCUUAUGAACAAGAUCAACCACACAUCUUUAAUCAUAAGGGUUCGAGCGUAAUCGGAGAAAAAGAGAUGGAUAGCGGUGCGUAUUUAGAUGCGAAACAUCCGUACAAUUCACAUUACGCGUUCUCCAAUAGGGGAUCAUGGCAAGGUAAUCAAGUUUAUUCGUCUCCAUCUCGGACAUCGAACGUUCAACGGAAGCAAAUAAUAGAAACGGAAAAGAAUAUUAUUAGUACAACAACACCAGCUUGUGACAUAUCACAUGAACAGAAGGAUGUGCCAUCAAGAAUCAAAGAAAAUGAAGCCAAGAAGCAAGAGGAGAAGCACAUAGUACAAGAGACAGAAGUUAGUCACAGUAAUAAAGAAAACACAUUAAAGAAUGAAAGCCCAAAAUAUAGUCACACGCAAGCGAAGCAAUCUAAAGAACAUAAGAGUGUGAUUGUCAUCAAAGACCAUACUAGGGAACAUGGGAGAAAUACUUUAAUCCCAGAACAUCUAAAGCAACCAAACGAAAAUCAAAUUUUAAAACCGAGGGGUGCAGUUAUAUCAUUGGCUUUAGGACUUAUGAUAACAGUUAUUACAGCGACAUUAAUUGUUUGCCGAUUACGUGUCGUUCGUAGGCGAGGUAGACGGCACGGACCAUAUGCUCACGAUCCGGAUUAUUUAGUAAACGGAAUGUAUCUUUAAGUAAGUAGAAAUAUUCCGCAGUCAAGAAGUUUACAUAUGUAUAUUUUCAUACUAUUUUUAAAUAACGUAACGCAGAUUUAAGAAACACCUUAAGUCUGUAAACGUACU